AAAUAACAUAAAGUGAUAAAUAGUGAUAAAUUAAUGUCUCCCUUCAAUGACAGGCUUAUCCCCCAAUUUUGCCGAUGAACUAAUGGGAAUCAAUCUGGAGAAUUUUAAAACCGGAACCGCAGAUAUUCUGAGAAAGGUUGAUAGAGAAGAGAGGACUAUUAUUUGAAAAUAUGUACACAGGAGGCAGAGUAUAACAAGGCAACAAUAGAGAAAAGUCUACAUUUAACGUCCACUCACUGAAGUUCAAACAGUGUUUUCGUCUUUUUGUAUAAGAUAUUCGCACAUAUUUAUCCAAAGGACCACUCGCUUCAAACAUUGGGAUAGUGUUUUGGUUAAGUGUUUGUAUUCCGUGAUUAACCAGAAACAAUGAUAGAUACAUUCUCGCGCCUUCUGGUUUCAAAUGAUAGUUAACCUAGAAAUUUAAUGAUGGGUGUUUUCAUUCCCUUUUAUUAAUAGUGUCUCACAUUCAACAGUUUUUAAUAAUUUGCUUUAAAUGGAUGUUACGAUAUCUGUGUCAAAAGGUGUUUUUCCAUUUAAAAAUGAAUUUAAGAGGAAUAAAAUCAGUUCAAAGCCAGGAAGGUUGCAUACAGCAAGCCAUGCAAUUAGCCGGAACCUGUGGUACCAACAGAAUCAUAAUUUAUGGUCUCAAAUAUCAAAACAAAUAGAUCAAAUUACCCAAGAAAUGUUCACCUUAAGAACGACAGGUCUUUUGUGUUUUAUAAAGAACAGUUGCCAUCUCCAGAAUGAAAUUAAAACUGCAAUUCUCAUAACCGGUAUAAACAUGCCAGAUCAUGAUAUUCAGUUUAAAGCACUUGAAAAACAGAUUCGAACAGAAAUCACACCUUAUGUUGCAUGUUUAUAUAGUCAAGAUUGUAAUAAUUUGAAAUAUCUCAUGGAAAAUAUGAUCAGUCAGUUCAUAUACAAGGAUGUGGAUGACUCUGCAGAUGAUUAUAGGAAUGGCCAAGGCCUAGAUAUUAAAAAGAAUAACUUAAACUUGCCCCUUCUUCAAAGCUGGUAUGAGAGCAUCAACAAAAAUACUUCAGAAAAACAAAAAAAUCCUCUAGUGAUAAUCAUUCCAGAUUUUGAAGGUUUCAAUGUCAGUGUUUUACAGAAAUUUAUUUUAAUAGUUAGUUCUUACAUAAACCGAUUACCAUUUGUAUUUUUAUUUGGAAUUGCCACAUCUUUGACGUCAUUGUACAAUUUAUUCCCAUACCAUGUCACAUCUAAAAUGAGCAUAGAAGUUUUCAAAUGCCAAUUGUCAUCAGUUCAUCUUAAUAUGAUUUUGGAAAAUGUCUUCCUGAACCCAAACUGUGCAUUUCAGUUGGGGGGCAAAGUAUUCAAUUUAUUUGGUGACAUUUUUCUGUUUUAUGAUUUUUCUGUGAACAAUUUCAUCCAAAACAUUAAGUAUGCUGCAAUGGAACAUUUUGAAUAUGGAAAUGGGAUAAGUUUGUGUACUUUAGACAAAUAUGAACUUCAAGAUCUUAUAACCAAUCAAUUUGAUCAUGAGGAUUUUGAAAAUGUGCGACAAAUUUUUUCCUUUCGAAAGCUUGUAGAAAAUGAAUCACCCAAAAAUAAAAUAAAAUUGCUAACUGAUGAUGACUACUUUGGACAAGUUUUAUAUGAAAAGGUUUAUGAUCUUCAGAAAUACAUUAAAAGAUUUCAUAUAUUUUUAAGAUGUCUGCAUGUUUUAGUGAGAGAUUUGCCUGGACAUCCUCUAGGACAACAGAUUAGGGAAAUCUACGCAGUUGCUGUUUCAAACAAUAUAACGAAAAGUGUGGAAUAUAUGGAAUGUUUUAAACUGCUCAGUUUCCAGUCAAAAGAAGAAUUUUGCACAAAGCUUAGAAAAAUUACUGAUAUAUUAGGGUGCUACUUAAAUGAAAGAAGCAAAGUUACUAAAUUGAAAGAGUUCCAAAAUGAAUUGAAAAUGUUCUUAUACGAAUUGGACAAUAUUAAAUUGGUGGAACCAAAUUCCCAAGAACCUAAUGGGAAAGUACAUUUGGCAAAAUCUACUGAUAGGAAAGCUCUAAAGCAGGUUUUAUUUUUAAAAGCAAAGGAGAAACCAAAACUAGACAGGUAUGACAUUAUAAGACGAGAAGUGCUGGCUUGUUUGUCCCAGAAUUUCGAAGUAUACCUCCUUGAACCUUCCUCAUUUUGCUUCCAUGAAAUUUUUUUCUUUGAUGAUCUGUCCAUCCAAAAUAACAUAACAGGAGUCCAAAGAUCAGCAAUACAUAAUGCUUUAAAUGACCCACAUAGUUAUUUACAAUGCUCCUGCUGUGAAACAAAAAAUAAUUCCUUAAUAAAGGCCUGCAUGCCAGAUAUUUGCAUAGCAUAUAAAUUACAUCUAGAGUGUGGCAAAAUAAUCAACUUGUAUGACUGGUUGCAAGCUUUUUUAAGUAUCCUCGAUCCUAUAGAAAACGAUGAGGAGGAGGAAGGUUUGGAAAAAGUUGUGGAUCCCAGUCUACAAGCGCGUUUUACGCAGGCAGUAACAGAAUUGGAAUUCUUAGGAUUCAUUAAGAGUUCCAAACGAAAAUUGGAUCAUGUUUCCAGACUGACAUGGGGCGGGUAGCUUUUUAAUUUAAAAUUUUUAUAAUCCACCUUGCUUUUUAAAGAAUUUUGGAUUUUUGUACUUGUUUUUAAUAGUUGCUAUGAAGUAAUUUAUUUCUUUAUGUUACUAUCUACCUAUGUCUAUCAUUGGAUAAGUUGUUCCUAUAUGAGUCAGAAACAGUCAGAUUUCUGUACAGUAAGAUUAAAUGUUCAAUAAGGGAAAUCUGUUAGUUUGACAACUCAAAAUUUCACCUAAAUCCUCUUUUCAGUGUUAUUUGAUUUCAGGUAGGUAAUCAGUAACUAGUUAAUAUUUCUAAUAACUUUUGUAAAUGUUAUUCUAUCUUUCUUAAUUUCUUUUGCUGAGGGCAAUUUUAUAAUUUUUUCGUUUCACCUAAUCACUCCAUUAACU